AUGGCGGAGCUGGCGCUUGCCGCGGGGUUCUCAUCGGCGCAAGCUCCGCGCACGAUGUGCUCUCAGUGUCAGCAGGACCCCGCCAAGUACAGGUGUCCUGGCUGUAGUGCUGCCACGUGUAGCGUGCUGUGCGUAAAAGCGCACAAGACGGCGAGCGGAUGCACGGGGAAGCGCAACCGCGCGGAAUUUGUUCCAAUAACGAAGUUCGACGAUAACCAGCUGGUGUCAGACCUGCGUUUCCUGGAAGACGCGUUGCUGCAGUAUGACGUGGCGAAGCGCACGCGCACGGCUCUAGGGGUCCGCUACGAGGCACAGGUGGGAAAGCACUGGGGGCGAAUGCAGCAGACAGCCAGGCAGAGAGGCGUGCAGCUGCUGCUGAUGCCUCCUGGCAUGUCCAAGCGCAAGUCCAACCGAACGUACUUUCAACACAGGAAGCGGUGCAUCAUGUGGCAUGUGCGAUGGCAGUUUGCAAUCCGAUCCAUCUGCAUGGAUGAAAACAACAACGACAACCACGUGCUUGCCAAUGGGAGCACAGCAGCCUCGCUUUCAACGUUCCUUCUGCCACACACGAUAGACUCAAUAAUCUCAGAGGAUGAGCCUCUUAUAGCAGCAGCUGAAGCAGCCAUAAGACAGGCACUGAAAGGCCAAAUUGCAGCAGCACAACCAGCUUCAACUGCACCUCCAGCAGCAGCAGGUGGAACAGCAACGGCAUCAGCAGCAGCACCACCACCACCACCACAACCACCAGCAGGAGCAACAACAGCAACAGAAACGGCAGAAUUGGUGGUACCUGCAUCGCAACUCGCAACUUCUCCUUCGUCUUCGCAUCCAGCAGCCUCCUUGGGAGAGGUCUUGCAGCGAUUGAGACUGCAGCUAGAAACGCCUCCUUCACAGCUGUUUGAUCUUGACAUCCGCAAAACCCUUCGGACACAACUUGCAGGGCGCACGAUAUUAGAAUUUCCCUCCAUUAGGGUGUCGUGCUUGGUUGCAGAUGAAGAGUCCGAAGAUGAUGAGAGUAAUUCUUCUGAGGAUGAAAGUGAUAAUUCCGAUGGGGAGGAAGGCAGUGAAGAGGUUAUGGAGGAAGAAGGCUGA